CCUGAGGCCUGGUGGCGGCGGUGGAUCCGGGCAAUCAAGGCUGAAGCAGCCAGGACGACGGCGGCGGCGGCGGUCGGACAAACAGGCUGACCGAGCCGGGCGGUGGCGGGAGCAGCGGGAGGAGCCGGAACGAUGCCGGCCGUGAGCCUCCCGCCCAAGGAGAACGCGCUCUUCAAGCGGAUCCUGAGGUGUUAUGAACAUAAACAGUACAGAAAUGGAUUGAAAUUCUGUAAACAAAUCCUCUCUAAUCCCAAAUUUGCUGAGCAUGGAGAAACUCUGGCUAUGAAAGGAUUAACAUUGAACUGUUUGGGGAAAAAGGAAGAAGCUUAUGAGUUGGUUCGUAGAGGUUUGAGAAAUGACUUGAAGAGUCAUGUGUGUUGGCAUGUUUAUGGCCUUCUCCAGAGGUCAGACAAGAAAUAUGAUGAAGCCAUUAAGUGUUACAGAAAUGCGCUAAAAUGGGAUAAAGACAAUCUUCAAAUCUUAAGGGACCUUUCUUUAUUACAGAUUCAAAUGCGAGAUCUUGAGGGUUACAGGGAAACGAGGUAUCAGUUACUUCAACUUCGACCUGCACAGAGAGCAUCAUGGAUUGGUUAUGCUAUUGCUUACCAUUUAUUAGAAGAUUAUGAAAUGGCAGCAAAGAUUUUAGAAGAAUUUAGGAAAACACAGCAGACAUCCCCUGAUAAAGUGGAUUAUGAAUAUAGUGAACUCCUUUUAUAUCAGAAUCAAGUUCUUCGGGAAGCAGGUCUCUAUAGAGAAGCUCUGGAACAUCUUUGUACCUAUGAAAAGCAGAUUUGUGAUAAACUUGCUGUAGAAGAAACCAAAGGGGAACUUCUGUUGCAAUUAUGUCGUUUGGAAGAUGCAGCUGAUGUUUACAGAGGAUUGCAAGAGAGAAAUCCUGAAAAUUGGGCCUAUUACAAAGGCUUGGAAAAGGCACUCAAGCCAGCUAAUAUGUUAGAACGACUAAAAAUUUAUGAGGAGGCCUGGACUAAAUAUCCCAGGGGAUUAGUGCCAAGAAGACUGCCAUUAAACUUUUUAUCUGGUGAGAAGUUUAAAGAAUGUUUGGAUAAGUUCCUAAGGAUGAACUUCAGCAAGGGUUGUCCACCAGUCUUCAAUACUUUGAGGUCGUUAUACAAAGAUAAAGAAAAGGUGGCAAUCAUAGAAGAAUUAGUAGUAGGUUAUGAAACCUCUCUAAAAAGCUGCCGGUUAUUUAACCCCAAUGAUGAUGGAAAAGAGGAACCACCAACCACAUUACUUUGGGUCCAGUACUACUUGGCACAACAUUAUGAUAAAAUUGGUCAGCCAUCUAUUGCUCUGGAAUACAUAAAUACUGCUAUUGAAAGUACACCCACGUUGAUAGAACUCUUUCUUGUGAAAGCUAAAAUCUAUAAGCAUGCUGGGAAUAUUAAAGAAGCUGCAAGGUGGAUGGAUGAGGCCCAGGCCUUGGACACAGCAGACAGGUUUAUCAAUUCCAAGUGUGCAAAAUACAUGCUAAAAGCCAAUUUGAUAAAAGAGGCUGAAGAAAUGUGCUCCAAGUUUACAAGGGAAGGAACAUCAGCGGUCGAGAACUUAAAUGAAAUGCAGUGCAUGUGGUUCCAGACAGAAUGUGCCCAAGCUUAUAAGGCAAUGAAUAAAUUUGGUGAAGCACUUAAGAAAUGUCAUGAGAUUGAAAGACAUUUUAUAGAAAUCACUGAUGACCAGUUUGACUUUCAUACAUACUGUAUGAGGAAGAUUACCCUUAGAUCAUACGUGGACUUACUAAAGCUAGAAGAUGUACUUCGACAGCAUCCGUUUUACUUCAAGGCUGCAAGAAUUGCUAUAGAGAUCUAUUUGAAGCUUCAUGACAGCCCACUUACAGAUGAGAAUAAAGAACAUGAAGCUGAUACAGCAAACAUGUCUGAUAAAGAGCUAAAGAAGCUACGUAAUAAACAAAGAAGAGCUCAAAAGAAAGCCCAGAUAGAGGAAGAGAAAAAAAAUGCAGAAAAAGAAAAGCAGCAGAGAAAUCAGAAAAAGAAGAAGGAUGAUGACGAUGAGGAAAUUGGAGGCCCAAAAGAAGAGCUUAUUCCGGAGAAACUGGCCAAGGUUGAAACUCCAUUGGAAGAAGCUAUUAAAUUUUUAACGCCAUUGAAGAACUUGGUGAAGAACAAGAUAGAAACUCAUCUUUUUGCCUUUGAGAUUUACUUUAGGAAAGAAAAGUUUCUUUUGAUGCUACAAUCAGUAAAGAGAGCAUUUGCUAUUGAUUCUAGUCAUCCCUGGCUUCAUGAAUGUAUGAUUCGACUCUUUAGUACUGCAGUGUGUGAAAGUAAAGAUUUACCCGAUGCAGUUAGAACAGUAUUAAAACAAGAAAUGAAUCGUCUUUUUGGAGCAACGAAUCCAAAGAACUUUAAUGAAACUUUUCUGAAAAGGAAUUCUGAUUCAUUGCCACACAGAUUAUCAGCUGCCAAAAUGGUAUAUUAUUUAGAUUCUUCUAGUCAGAAGCGAGCUAUAGAGUUGGCAACAACACUUGAUGAAUCCCUCACUAACAGAAACCUCCAGACAUGUAUGGAGGUAUUAGAAGCCUUGUGUGAUGGUAGCCUAGGAGACUGUAAAGAAGCUGCUGAAGUUUAUAGAGCAAAUUGUCAUAAGCUUUUCCCUUACGCUUUGGCUUUCAUGCCUCCUGGAUAUGAAGAGGAUAUGAAGAUCACAGUUAAUGGAGAUAGUUCUGCAGAAACUGAAGAACUGGCCAAUGAAAUUUGAACAUCAUUAAACAAGCAAACGGAAUGACUUUGGACCAUAUCUAGUGUAUAAUAUUUUUGUCACGCACCUGCUGCAUUGCUCUAACUUACACAGAAUGAGAAGAGUAAAUGUUCUUGCCUUCAAAUAGUGUUUUACGUUUUUUAUCCUGCUGAAAAAGUAUAUAUAAAAUAUCUAACAUAUUACAGGAUAUAGGUUCAGUUUCUUAAAAAAUUAAAAGCUGCUAAAAUUGAGGGGUUAAAAAAAGAUACCUUAUCCUAUUCCUACCUACCCACCCAUGUUUUUAAACUAAUUUAUAUAAAAUCUGGAGGCUGUUACAGCUAACAAAGCAGGUGUGUGGCAGAAAUAUUACUUUAAAUUUGUCUUGUGAGAUUUUACUAUAUCUCAGACAGCAUAAAUGCUGUUUUAGCACUGGAUUCUUUCACUGAGCACAAAGAGUUGUUGGGGCUUUAGCAUCUAACUGAUUUUGUUACGGGGUUGAUUAUGACCAUAGGAAGUAUGCAAUGUGAAUCACUAUUUACAGAGAAACCUACAACAGAUGCUUGAUGUUGUAGAAGCGGGGACAUAUAGAUACCAAGCAGAAUUAUAAGAAAACCUAGAGGGUGUUCAAUACGCUUGUUGUGUUUCCAAAAUUCACUGUACAUGAUCAGUUUGGUGUUCUUGUACCACAGUUUUUAACUGAAGGAACCAGUUGGAACAAUCUCAAUUCUAACUAAAACUUGAAGAACUAAAAUAACAAUGCAAACCUUUCAGCAUUGUUUUGGCCAAACUUGUUAAAACUGUAAUGCAAGAACCAAAUGCACUGUGAUGUGGCACCAACCAAUUAGCAAGCAUGAACUUUUCACCCAAGAGUGAAAAAAGAAAAUCUACCAUGGCUUGAAGUUAAAGAGCAGAACUCCUGACUACCAUUCUAUGACUGAUCAAGAGACUAAUAGUUAAAAACCUCAGCAGGCCUUGUUCACGAUAUGCAGAAAAAAAUGUGCUGCAGUUUAGAUACCUCUGGAAUUUUUCCACAGUGUCACAGGUUUGUAAUACUUGAAGCCCUACAUUUCUAAGAAUAUAUUUCUUGCUCAGUUGUUUCAGGCAAGCCCAAGACUUUGUAAUUUUUAAAGGGCCCAAGAUUUCUUUCUUUCUUUCUUUUUUUUUUUUUUCAAUAACAGACCAGCUUCUUUUUCCUGCAGUUACAGAUGUAAUUUCCUUUUUGUUGUCAAACAUAAGGUACCAAAUAUGAUGCAAUAAAUUGUUUUGAAAAACAGUUGUGUGAAUAUUUCAACUAAUAUUUGUUGGGCUUCUGUGAAAAUACACAGGUGGAAACAGAGGUGCAAGCCAGAGGAAGUGUAAUGUGCUUUAAGGCUAGUUCAGAUGGGAACUUUUUGGAAUGGACUUAGUGUUGGUGUCAGGGAAAUUCCAUUAAGCAAGCAUAGUGCUGUUCCUGCAUUAAGAUUUCCUUGAGGGCUAGGAUGGCAGCAGGUACUAUGAAUAUAAUUAGUAAUUUGAAAGGAAAAGUGAGAACUGCUAUUUUGUUUGAGAAAAUGAGCCUUAAAAUUUUAAACCCAAACACUGAGAAC